GUUUCUUCACAGAUCUCUCUCUCUCUCUCUCUCUCUUCCAACAUUCAAUGGAGUCUCACCCUAAACUCUAUGCUUACUUCCACCUCUUCCUCCUCUUCUUCACUUCAGUUGCUGACCCUCAAACAGACUCUCUCCUCACCUUAAAAUCUCACCUCACCGACAACAACUCCAACACCUUACAAGACUGGUCCAUCAACAACAACAACAACUCCAACACCAAACUACUCCCCUCCUGUUCUUGGUCAGGUAUCAGAUGCAACCAAAACUCCACCUCCAUCAUCUCCAUCAACCUCUCCUCAAAAACCCUCACUGGAAACUUCCCUGGCACCCUCUUCUCCGUCUUCACAGACCUCCUAGAACUCAACAUCAGUGACAACUCCUUCUCCGGAGAGUUUCCACCAGAGAUCUUCAACAUCACAACCCUCAGAAGCCUUGACAUAAGCCUAAACAACUUCUCUGGCCCUUUCCCAAACGGUGUCUCUUCUUUAAAGAACCUCAUCAUCCUUGACGCCUUGAGCAACAGCUUCUCAGGGUCGUUACCUACCGAUCUCCCUUUAUUAGAGAAUCUCAAGGUACUGAAUCUUGCUGGAAGUUACUUCACUGGUUCGAUCCCUAGUCAAUACGGUUCUUUCAAGAACCUAGAGUUUCUUCAUUUAGGUGGGAACUUACUUAGUGGGAACAUACCUAAAGAGCUUGGUGAUUUGAAGACUGUGAUUCACAUGGAGAUUGGUUACAACUCUUACCAAGGAGUGAUCCCUUGGCAGAUAGGUUACAUGAGUGAGCUUAAGUAUCUGGACAUAGCUGGAGCUAACCUCUCUGGUUUCUUACCAAGGCAUUUCAGUAACUUGACUAAGCUUGAGUCAUUGUUCCUCUUUAGAAACCAUCUCUCUGGAGAGAUCCCAUGGGAGCUUGGGGAGAUCACUUCUCUUGUUAACUUAGAUCUUUCAGACAAUCAUCUCUCUGGGACCAUACCUGAGAGUUUUGCAGGGUUGAAGAAUCUUAAGCUCUUGAGUCUUAUGUAUAAUGAGAUGAGUGGGACUCUACCUGAAGUAAUAGCUCAGCUUCCUUCAUUGGAUACUCUUUUCAUAUGGAACAACUACUUCUCUGGUUCACUUCCAAAGAGUUUAGGGAUGAACUCUAAGCUUAGAUGGGUUGAUGUUUCAACCAACAGUUUCCAAGGUGAGAUACCACAAGGUAUCUGCUCUAGAGGUGUUCUUUACAAGCUCAUGCUCUUCUCAAACAAGUUCACUGGGAGUUUAUCUCCAUCUCUCAACAAUUGUUCAACUCUUGUUCGUAUCCGCCUUGAAGAUAAUGCCUUCUCAGGUGUGAUCCCUUUCACCUUUAGCCAGCUUCCUGAUAUCUCUUACAUAGACCUCUCUAGAAACAAACUCACCGGAGGCCUUCCUCAAGAUAUCUCCAAAGCUACAAAACUUGACUACUUCAAUAUCUCACAUAACCCUGAGUUAGGAGGCAAACUUCCACUGGAGAUUUGGUCUUCCCCGCCGCGUCUUCGCAACUUCUCUGCUUCCUCCUGCAGUAUCUCAGGACCUCUCCCUGAGUUUGAUUCAUGCAAAUUCGUCACCGUUAUUGAACUGAGUAACAACAACAUAUCAGGGACUAUAACACCAUCUGUUUCCUCUUGUCACUCUCUCUACAAGAUGGAUUUAGCUGGAAAUAUCAUUGCAGGUGGGGUUCCUGAGACAUUGGCAAAGCUUCCACACUUAAAAGUCUUGGAUUUAUCAGACAAUGACUUGACUGGUUCCAUCCCUUCUGACAAAGUGCUUAGAUCAAUGGGGAAAGAUGCAUAUGAAGGGAAUGCAAACUUGUGUGGACUUCCUCUUAAACCAUGUGCAGCUUACAGCUCAAGGAAGCUUGUGUCUGUUCUGUUAGCUUGUCUAGCUUCCUUUGUAAUAAUAGUAGCUGGAACUUUAGGGUUGUACUAUGUUCAUCACAGAAGUCAAAGCCGAUGGAAGAUGGUGUCUUUCUCUGGACUCCCUCAUUUCACAGCAGAUGAUGUUUUGAGAAGCUUUAGUGAAGAGCCUCCCCAAGUAUCAUCCUCAGUGUGUAAAGCAGUUCUGCCAACAGGAAUCACAGUCACAGUGAGGAGAAUAGAGCUUCAAGGAAAGAAGAAAGGUGUUAUGUUGAAGGUUUUAACUCAGAUGGGGAAUGCAAGACAUGUGAACCUAGUUAGGUUACUUGGUUUUUGUUACAACAAUCAUCUUGUCUAUGUGUUGUAUGAUAACAACUUGCAUACUGGAACUCUAGCUGAGAAGAUGAAGACAAAGAAGAGAGAUUGGGUUACUAAGAAGAGGAUCAUCAAUGGAGUUGCAAAGGGACUUUGCUUCCUUCACCAUGAAUGUUACCCUGCAAUACCACAUGGAGAUGUGAAGUCUAGUAACGUUUUAUUCAAUGAUGCUAAUAACAUGGAGCCUUGCUUAGGUGAAUUUGGGUUCAAGUACAUGUUACAUUUGAACAAAGGCAUGGUCUCUUCAGAUCAGAUGAAUGAUGUAAUAAGAGUAGAGCAGGAAAAAGACAUUUACAACUUUGGGGAGCUUGUUUUGGAGAUCUUAACAAAUGGGAAGCUGAGGGAGGCAGGUAGAUUGAUACAUAACAAGGCUAAGGAUGUUCUUCUACGAGAAGUAUACGCAGAAAAUGAAAAUGGUUUUGAACAAGAAGUUAAAAGAGUUGUUGAGGUUGCACUUCUCUGCAUGACAAGUAACCAGUCUGAACGUCCUUGCAUGGAAGAUGCGCGCAGGUUAUUAUCUGAAGCACAUGCUAGUAGUAGGUUGAAAUAGGUAAUGCAGACAAUGUUGAACUCUGCACAUAGUUUUCCUUUAUAUAUAUAUAGUAUUGUACUAAAAACAUUAGGUGUGUGACUUCUUUAGUUGUUUGUUUUGGACCAUGUGUUAUGAUGAUGAUUGUUCUUGUAUUAAUGUAUUGUUACCACUAUUGAAACUAAGACUAUAUAGAAUUGUUG